UUUCAUUUCAACCUCCAGCUGAAGCAACGCUUGAAUCAAGUGGAGGACUUCCGUCGCCUACAAGGUGAAGCGAAGGCCUUCUGGUGUUCUCUUCUCAAGGAGUUCUUUGUGGACGCUCCCUCUGUCACGAUCGUUGGUGAACCUAGCGGCAAAGUAGCAAAGGACAUGGCCGAAGAGGAGAAGCAACGGGUCGCGAAGCAAGUAGCAUCUCUAGGAGAAGCAGGACUUAAAGAGAAAGCAGAGGUUGUUGAGAAGGCCAAUGAGGAGAAUGAGACAGAAGCGCCAGCUGAGCUGCUGACCAAGCUACCCAUUCCAGACACAGCGUCCAUCCAAUUCCAUCCAUUCCAACGCUAUAGCAACCUGGGAGGCGGGGCAGGUGAUACGGGUCUGGACCUCCAAUCGCUACCCUUCACAUUCCAGCUUGAUGAUAUUCAUACCAACUUUGUCAAGCUAUCUACUCUGUUGGAUACGUCAACCGUAGAUGCAUCCCUGAAGCCUUACCUACCUCUCUAUCUUGAACUCUUGUUUGAGUCUCCUAUCCUACGGGAUGGUGCCCUUGUAUCUCAUGAGGAUGUGAUCACACAGUUAGCUGGCGAUACUCUGGCCACCAGGUCGUGCCUAGGGGUCAGAGGUCAAAGGUUCAAAUGUGGCAAGUUCUCUCAGGUCGCAAGCAUCGUUGUCAAGGUGGAGGAAGAAAAGUACAGCAAGGGCGUGCAGUGGCUUCAGGAGGUGUUGUAUCAGGUUCAGUUCACAGCUGAUCGUAUCAAGAUAGUCGCUCAGAAGAUGAUCAACGAUGUCGCCAAGCUCAAGAGAGACGGCAGGACGGUGGCGCUCAUGGUGCUUAGGGAUAUCAACUAUUCUCCAGAGAGCAAUCAUCAUGUUGUCUCGAUGAUCAGACAGCAGAAUUUCCUCACCAAGCUACUUGAGCAACUCGGCCAAGAUCCAUCAACGGUCAUCAAGAACCUGAACUCUCUGCGUGACCUUGUGACCUCUCCAGGCAACGUCAGGGUCCACAUGGCAGCCAACAUGAAGAAGCUUUCAAGUCCGCAGUCACCAUGGCAACAGUUCUUCAUGGAAAAAGGAUUGAAGGCUGAGGAAAAGAACUCCGAGGUGCGUCAGCUGUCAUACCAGUUGAGAGACGAGAGUUCUUCCAAACCACGCGGUACGAUUGUUGGAGUGGGUUCGGUGGAAUCGGCUUUCUUCGUUCAGACCAUCCCGUGUGUGGAUAGCUUCGAGCAUCCAGAUUUGCCUGCUGUGAUGGUCUACAUGGAAUCUCUCUGUGCUCUUGAGGGUCCAAUGUGGCGUCAGAUCAGAGGCUUAGGGUUCGCCUACCACUACAGUAUGUACAUUCGACCAGAGGAGGGAUUAUUGUACUUUCAGCUAUUCAAAUGCACUCAUGUCGUCUCCGCGUACAAGCAGGCCAAGGAGAUCGUGGAGGGAUAUCUUUCUGGGAAAACUGAGUUCACUGCCGGUCAAGUCGAGACUACGAUAAGCAGCGUGUUGUACGAGAUCAUAGAACGAGAAGAGACCGUCGCAUCAACGUCAAACGAGUCCAUGAUGAACUACCUCCGACGUGUAGACCAGCAUUACAAUAGGGAGCUACUGAAGAGAAUCUCGAAGGUGACUGUGGAGGACUUGAAACGAGUCGGAGAAAAGUACUUCAGCCUGCUCUUCGACCCCUCCAAAGCAAAGUGCGCCCUCUGCUGUCAGUCGUCGAAGGUGGAUGAAAUCAAGGAAGCCUUUAAAGGAUUUGGUCGCGAUUUGACAGUAAUGGCUUCACUCGAGGAAGGUCUGAAAUGAAUUAACUUACCGGUUUCCAUGGGUACAGGCUGAAUAUCCGUCAUUUAGUACUGUGAAGAUUAUGAAACGUCGUUCGUAGAUUAUGUGUUUGAUUCAAGAAAUUGUAACAAAGAAAAUAGAGUAUCUGAUGUUUUGGGGUUUAUAUGUUUAAGAUUAGAUCUUUUUCCUUGUUUUUUCAUUGAAGUAAUUGCUUACUUUCUUUGGUAUUGUUCUUGAUUUCAUCAGUUUUUUUUUCUUCAGGUUUCAAAUUUUAGCAUAUAAGUCCUUGUGUUUGAUAUUUAUGUAAAAUAAUCAUCUCCGGGAGGUUUAUACCAUAAAGGGAAAGCAGUAGUUAUCAUUUCUAAUUUGUAUUUUCAUUAAGACAUACAUGUGGCAUGUCUUAAAGACAAUGGUUAUCUAUGGAUAGGUAAACUCUGAUUGUAACGUGUUAGCAGCAAGACACUUAUUUUACUGAAAUUGUGGUUCAGGUUAUCUGUUAAAAUUUAGGUUUUUGUAUAGAUUAUCAUUAAUGUGAUGAGAAGAAAAGAACUAUGUGAAUCAAAUUUCUACACUUCAAAUGCCAAAUGCAGGGUUAUCAUUUAAUGUCAAGGUUUUAAUUGUUUUGUUAUUUAUAUUGUUUUUUCUUGUUUGGUACAUUUAGUGAAAUGUGUUCAGUGCUAGUUUAUAUUUAUAUUACAAUUUGGAUCAUGCAAGUCAACUGUGCAAAGUCUUUUGGGAUACUUUUUUUUAGUGUAAUAUGUUUAAAACAAAACAAAAGAAAAAUAACAAAAACAGAUAAAUGGGAAUAGAAAAGAGUAAAUAGAAUGAUAGAAACACAGGUUUGAGUUGGGGCUUGAAUUGUGAGCUUAUAUUGAGUGACUAUGAUCAUGUUUGCAAUUUUUGUGUGCAAGUAUUCAAACUUUAUUUCAUUUGAGGCUAAGAAUACCUAACAACGAGAAAUAGUUGCAUAAUGUGAAAACUAACAAGUCUUUCUGUAAGUGAAUCGACCUUACUUUAAGUGUUCUUCUUUAUGUAUUGAGCUGUCGCAUGUGUUUGAUAUAUUGCAGCGUGCAAUUUAGAUUUGUUUAAUAUUGUUUAUCCAUCGGUUAAUUGUCAUUCUUCAAUAGAUUAUUAUCUGUGGGUUCAUUGUAGUUAAUAUUUGUUUGGUUUGAUUGGGGGGGGGGGGGGUAGUUAUAUUUAUAACUCAAUAAAUGAAACAUGGACUGGUUGAAUUGGGGCCUUACUGAAAUCAUGUAUUUUGAUUAAUUGAGAGCAUAUAUGUCAUAGAAAUGUAAUAUUUGUUAUCGAUAACAAGUUUAUGAAACGGGCCCAGGUCUUCAGCCUCAACCUAGGUGAGGCCAAGGACCCGUUUCACAAAGCCUUUUUUCAAUGACAAAUGACAAAUAUCAGUGACAAAACUGCUGAUAACCAAUCAGAAACAAGGAUUUCAGUAGCUGAUAACAACAACUGUCAUUUGUCACUGAUGACAAGUUUGUGAAACACCCCCCUGAUGCUCUUAAAUUAUCUUCCGUUGUCUUCUUCCCGAGUUUUGUAAGGUCUGCCAUGGGCUUCAAAUCGAAUUACGAGUAUAAAUAACUGUAGUUGCAUAACAAAAUAAUAAACAUGAUUGAUUCAGCCAAGAAGCUGAAAAUGUA